AUAAUUGAUAAAGGAAAGGAAACCAAACCUUCUGCUAGAGCAGUAGUAGUAGAGCUAAAUUAAAUUUAUUUGUAUUUGUAAAAUUAUCAAAAAAUUUAUGUUUUGUUAUUGGUAAGGACCUAGUAUACUAGAUAAUUUAUGAUUUUUAGUUUUCAAAGUUUUACUUAAAUGUUCAAAUCCUUUCUAUCACCUUGUUGCCGUUAUGUCAUACCAGCAUCAUGUUUAAAACAAGCGAAGAGACACUUGAAAUUAGGUUUGCUGAUAACCUUUCAAUAUCAAACAAUUAGAAGUCGAAGUCAUUGCCUGAAACCAAGGAACAAGAAUACAACCUUUGGUAUCCAAAUGGCAGAAAAUAUGUCAACAGACGCAAGUAGUGUGUUCACUGGAACUGUUGACAGAUACAAGGGUGUUCACAUCAGUUCUGUUGAAAAUCCUUGUGACCUGGUGACCUUUACAUCUAAACUUGAAGCAUCCCUCAAUCAUUGGGUGGCAGAGAAGAUGUUAGCUGUGUGGUUUUUAGUCAGCUUAGAACAGUCUGACUGGAUUCCAGUAUUGACAAAGAACUGUUUCAGGUUCCACCACACUGGUAGUGAUGGCUCCACUGUCUCCCUGGUCCGCUGGUUGGACAGUUCGCCCUCGCGAGUGCCUGUGUUCGCUCACACCAUGGUGGGGGUGGGCGCCGUGGUGGUUGACAAGGAUGGUCGACUGCUAGUGGUGCAGGAGUCUUACAGAGGACAGCCAUACUGGAAACUUCCGGGCGGUUACGUAGAGCCAGGUGAAGAUAUUUCUGUGGCUGCUAUGAGAGAGGUUCAGGAAGAAACCAAUAUCGUGACAGAGUUCAAGUCUUUAAUAGCUUUCCGCCAUUCCCAUUCAGCGCAGUUUGGCUGCUCUGAUCUGUACUUCAUUGUAGAGUUGGCACCGCUGAGUUCAACGAUCACUAGCUGCGAGGUAGAGAUUGAAGACAGUCAAUGGAUGGACAUGGACAUGUACCUGUCACACCCCAAUGUCCAUGAGAACAACCGGCUGUUUGUACGAAAGUAUUUGUUUAGUAAAGAAAAAGGGCUCUCGAUCAAUGGAACUAAAACUUUACAUCCUGUGACAAAAGCUCCGCAGACACUGUUUGCCUUGGGAGAUAUUGAAUGAGCUUAUCACAGGAAUAUUAAUCAUAGAUCAAAAGAUUCUUAGUGAGAAGAGGUUUGGUUUGCAUUUGUUUUAUACUAAAGGUUUGGUUAAACUAAGUACGAGAACUGUUAAAAGGAAAUGCAGAUAUCACAAUUCUAUAAACUAAUGUAAGGUUAAUUUUUUAUUCUGUUCUUAGACAUCUUAUUAUAUAUAGCUAAAUAGCUGCAAUGUUUACAUUGUAAAAAUAAUCAAAUGUAACUUUUUAUGUUUUAACCAUGCAUAACUAAUUUUACCUAAAACUAAAUUCAAUCUAUUGUCAUUACAUGUUUUAGAGCUUUGGUGGAAAAAACUGUUGUAAAAAUGUAUAUAAGGCAAGAUCAAAUACAAAUAUUUUUGGUUAUU